GCCAUACAUGACAAGCGAGGGAGGGGCGCUCCAUGUUGAACCAACACUUUCUCGCCAUACACAUGUCUACUGGAAGACCGGUAAUUGUUAUAAGUCUCUGAAGGAGAGUGGUUAUCUGACAUGAGAAAGAAAUAUUCAACUAUGCAAGUCCUGCACAAAGAGGAGGGGAUGCAGAGUGAAACAUUAACAUGGCCUUUUCUUAUUCAUUGCAUUUGGCUUGGAGUGAUGGGAGUUGAAGCCUCAUCAUGGACUGCUGAGGUGCCCAGCUCAGUAUCCGGCCUGCAGGGCUCAUGCAUCGUGAUUCCCUGCUCAUUCAACUACCCAGAACCAGAGAAGAAGCCCUCCAAAUUCACUGGCAUCUGGUUCAAAGGCACCCAUGAUACUAUAUACCACCCAGACAGCUCCAACAUCAUCAAAGACUACAGGGGUCGUACAGAGCUGGUGGGAGACCUCCGGCAGAAGAACUGCUCUCUCAGAAUCGACCACCUCCAUCGCAGUGACAAAGGACCUUUUCAUUUUAGGGUUGAAAUUAAAGACGAAAACAAGUAUUCCUACAUACAUGACACGGUCUCCAUUGCAGUGAGCAGCUCUCCAGACCCCCCCUCUCUGUCAGUGAGGGAGGUGGUGAAGGUGGGGGAAGUGGUUUCUGCCUCCUGCUCUGUGUCUCACUCCUGCCCAUCUGAUUCCCCUCUCCUAACCUGGAGCCACUCCGGAACACACAGUGUCCAAUCACAGCAGCUGACCAACGGCCAGUGGAAAGUGACAUCAUUCCUGACCUUUACCCCCAGCAUCACUGAUCACAACCAGUCUCUGGUCUGCACAGCAGAACACAGGGGAGUGAAGCCAGUGAAAAUGUCCAAAACUCUCAAUGUCAAAUAUGCCCCAGUGGAUGUGAAGGUGGAGGGAGUGUCCAGUGUGAAGGAGGGAGACUCUGUGAAGCUGAGAUGCUCCAGUAACAGUAACCCUGCUGCCCACAGCUACCGCUGGCACAACAGUAGAGGACCUCUGCCCACCACUGGACCUACCAUCACACUGGAGAAUGUGACCAGACUCACUGAAGCCCUCUACUGCACUGCCAUCAACACAGAGGGACAAGGUCACUCUAGCCCACUGAAACUCAAUGUAGAGUACCCCCCUGAGAUCAAAGUGGGCUCUGCCUGCACUUCAGACGUCUCCACGGUAACCUGUCUGUGCAUUGUGGACUCGGAGCCCCCCGGCUCUGUGGAGUGGUCUCUUCCAGAUGGACCCCUGCCCACCUUGCCCAGUACCAGAGUGGAGAGGCAUGGGUCAGUUACCAUGGUGACCCUACAGAGGGCACUAGGCUUCUCCGAGACCGUCCACUGCCAUGCCAGCAACACACAGGGCAAUGCCACCUUGUCCUUCACUGUGUCCACAAAUGAUAAGAAGUUGAUGCUGUACGUUUCAAUUGGUAUUGCUGCAUUAGUGGUGGUAGUAAUACUAAUUCUCAUGUCAGCUUGCGUAUUGAACAAGAAGGGUAGGAGGAGUCGUAGUGACCAGUCAGUAACCAGCAAUCAGGACGUGGACACAGCCAAGGGUGCUUUUUCACAUCCCUCACCAUCAAGGAAAGAGCAGAAAGACACCAGCAGUGAAAUCCACACAAACUAUUACACCAACGAUCAGCUAUAUGGCAACAUGGAGGCUGAAGAGGAUGGCGACCCAUACGAGUGUGUUGGUGGAGAUGAUGCAGUCUAUGCUAAUAUGUGAACACAACAGGAAGCAUGUGGAAGUCAGCUGGCCCAGAGGCAGUGGUACUCAGUCUGUCAAAGUUUCCAGUAAAAUAUUAACAUUUUAAGUCGAUGUAGCAGAACAGCUGACUGCUUAUAUUUGUUAGCUUUAUGUAGCUCCAUGGUUCUAAAGGCUAAAGAAAAUGGCACAAUCUUAUUUGGGUUAUGGGUUUGUGUUAUGGCUUUUACAAGUUUUUUAAAUUUUAUUAUCUAUGGCUUAGGUGAUUCAGGCUCUUUGGUAUCACAUACACUUAUGUUAGUCUCAUUAAGACUGCCGAACUGUGUACAAGCUGGACUGUUAAUUACAGAACACCACCUAACACAUUAACUGGCAUGACAUUCCGUCUCAUGGGAGGCCAUAAAGCUUCUAAAAGUCUUCUAAUAGGCGGCCACCUCUACAAUGUAUUCAGUCAAACUGCAUGUUUUAUUGUACACAAACCAAAAGCAUACCAAAGGCACUAACAAGCAUUUAAAUGCGUUUAAAUUACUACAAAUAUGUCAAAAUUCAUCUCCCUCCAUGCACCCCCUGUGACUUCUAGAAAGAUUUGAACCCAGUAACCCCAAAAAAUACUCAGUUUUCACCAUCACUGUAAAGCCCUAGUCAUUUUGUUGCUUUUGAUGAAGUUAUUUCUGAAGAUUAUUAUUUAUUUUAUGUGAAAAGUGAUUCCUUUGUCUGUUACGUGAUCUGAACUCUCAUUUUAAUAUAGUGGAACUAUUCCUUUUUAAACUGUAGUGUAAAAUCAGGCGAGCUGGUUAUACUCUUUUGGCCAUUUUCUGGUGUUUUGUGGUGAAAAACGGAGCCGGUCUAGCAUAAUACGGCAACCCUGUUACCCAUAGAUAGACAGGCUACAAAUGUUUAACAAUUUUAAGUUAUUUGAAAAUCUUGCAUUCAACUGACCCUCCCUGUUGCACACAACAAGCUUCCAUUCUUCUUGUCACAAGGGUACAUGGCUGAUUUAACUAGUAAUUACCAGUUGGAGGGACGUUCAAGUGGAUUUCUCCUAACCAUCCACUGUAGAGCUGCACAAUACCACUCAUUUGAAGAACAGGCUACUGUGGCUAUUUGAUCAUAAUGUAGGCCUACCAAAGUGAUUUACCAUCAAAAACAUUGGAGAAAAUGCAACCCAUUACAUUUUAACAUGGAAAUAGCUGUUCUAUCAUUCAGCCUACAGUAGCGUCCAAUGUGCGGUGUUCAAUGUAGGCCUACAUUCCAUGAGAUGUAAAACUUUUUUUUUUUUAAACAUGCAGGGCUUGAUAGUAACCUGUUAAUCCACUUGUCAUUCAGAGAAGGAGGUGACUGAAAAUGUUGUGGUGUUUGAUGCAAGAAACAUCUUUACAAAAUAAAAUGCAUUAUUAUUCCCAUACCGUUA